AAAUAUCAUAGAGAAAGGGCACCCGCCAGAUCCUAGAGUCAGUACAGUCGCACCUGCGACAAUAUCCUUCCUCAAAGAUGUUGGUGCCUGGAAAUACAUUGAACAACAGCGACAUGGAUAUUUUGAUAAAAUGCAGGUACGUAGAUCUGAAAAUUUUGAUCUUAUAAGAAUACCGAAGACAGCAACGCUUAUCAAGCUGACAAGAUACGAGGGAAAGCUUGCUGUCAUGUCUUUUGGACCUGCUGGACAUGCUUCUACUGGUAAGAUCGAUUUGUGGGUUCUAGUGGAUGCUGCGAAACAUGAAUGGUCCAACCAGGUUUCUGCUUUAGAUCUUGGGAUAACUAAAUGGUUCUUGCAAGCCUUUUGUAUCACUGAUGCAGGUGAGUUUGUUUUGGGACCAAAAACUUCGUAUGCAUGUUCACGACUUUUUAAUGUUCUGUAUUAUGAUCCCAAGAAAAAAUAGUGUGAAAAAAGUCUCCAUAGAAGGACUCAUCACAAAAGAUAUGGGGAUAAGUCUACAACCUCUAUCUUCUCUGGUCAGGUUGAGAAUCUCAUGUUUCUCUAAAGAGUUGUGUCUUGUUAGUCUAGAGGGCGAUAUGGCUUCGCGGGUUUUUCAUAAUCAUCUCCACUGAAAAUGCAUGUUUGUUCUUCGGUUGUAGUUGAGCUUCAUCUAGUCACUUGGGAGAUUUCAUGAUAUAUUGUAUAUUUUUGGUUAAUAUUUUGUUUUAUGUUCAUAGUCUCAGCUUUGCCUCUGGGUGCUUAGUUUAGUGUUACUGCAAGUUUAUAAUGUUCAAGUAGUCUCUCUGUUUUGAACUUGUGCAUACUCUCUGUUUUGUAAACUAUGACAAAAUAUUCAUUUCCUAGCUAA